AUGUGGAAUCCUCUCGCACUUCUGGUCCUGCUUGUCUCGGUGCGAGCGGGAUUGGCGAAAAAAGUCGGUGGAAGCUGCGAAGGAACGAAUUGGCGGAGUGUGGAGAAGGCGCCGGAGGACAUGCUCAUCUACGGAAUCACUCAGGACUGCCAGAUGUUCUUCAUUCGACCCGCCCAACUUCAUCUUCUUUCCGCCAUUCGAGUCGACAAACGGCACUCUUUCUGCUAUGCGAAUCUGGUGCAACUUCAUGUGAAAGUGAGCACAAUUAUUCAGAGCAGAAACUAUCGAUCAUCUUUCAGUCUCAUGAUACUCUUCUACUGACAUUCAAACAAGCCUCCAAUCGCAUUUGCACCCUCGAAGUGCACAUUCCUGCAUUGAGCAUGCUCUUCGGAGACCAUUUGUUCAGGUGGGACACGUUGAAUCCAACUUCUGACCGUCCGUCUUUUUCAGAUACUCCCUGCUCAACUCUCUUCCCUACGCUUCGUGCUCUCACUCCAAAGAUCAGUCGUUCCAAUUGGAGCCCGAUCUCUCGUUCAUGGACCCGCUCUACAGUGACGUCAUCUAUUUCAUCGACGCCCUUUCGACCGGAUCCACGUGGAAAGUCCAUCAGUUCCUGCUCAAAGACACUGGAAACAUGAACAUGAUGAACAAUUUGACUGUUUCACUUCAGAAUCGUAAGCUGACCAAGUAGGCUCUGAAUCGUUAGAGCAUUAACUCUACUUUCAGAAGACGUGUCCGCCAAUGAGUUCGUGGUUGCUCUCGACAAUCAACGCGACAAACUGUACCGAAAGAACCGAUUCGACAAUCUAAUCUAUCAGCAAUGUGCCUUUGAAAUGCUCUUCCGGCCGAAAGAGGCGGAUGUGGAGAGUUUCGAGACGCCGUCUCAUGGAUACGGAUCCAUUUUGCACGGACAAUCAGUCGAUGGAGAUAUCAUGGUUUAUGUGGAGAGUGAUCGAACGGUUAGUGUUUUGAAUCCGUCUGUUCUUUAGACGGAUAUUCAGACGGAUCCUCCCUCGACUCGCCUCAAUAUGAUCUCUACGGAACACCCCGAACACGUGGCAUGCCUCUCUUCCACUUCCUUCACCUUCGACGUCGGAAUCAUUCGGGAAUCCACGGUUGAGCUGAUGAAGAACGAGCCCAGACCGCCUUUUGGUAGCUUGACCCUUCCAGAUUGUUCCCAUUCAUUCCAUUGCAGGCACAAAAAUCUCACCGCGGCAUAAACCGAAGCCCAAAGCAACUUCUCCAUCGUCUCCGCGGAAACAAAAGCCCACAGAAGACCCCACGACGACUUCCUCGGCCCCUCCGACCGUCAAAUCGUCGGCCACGUCCACCAAGCCCAAAGAGGCCUACUCCCCUUCCAAAUCGUUUUUCAGCUAUGAAAUGGGCGGCGACGGACCGACAACCAUCGCCACGGUGAUGUCGAACGAGAUUCCGGUGGAACAAAUCGAAAAAGAGCAGGAUGAAGAGGAGGAGGAGUUGAACGAAAUCAUAAAAGAGUUAAAGUCAGACGACGAAGAGGAAGAGGAUCGGGAGCGAGCGAAGGGAGUCGGGGAGCUGAGGACACGGAUCAGGGAGGUGAACAUGACGGGGAAUGAGGCCCUCCGGAUGAAGAUGAACGAGACUUCCGACGCAGAAGCUGUGAAGGACAGCGCUAAACCAACGACAAUCAUAUUUUCCGCGAUAUUCAUUUUCACUUAUUUCUUCUUCCUUUUCACUUGUUAG